AAUCGAAUAUUCGGUGGCAGGAGAAGGAGGAGGGCAAUAGGGCUCCUGAAACAAUCCAAGGAGAAUAGUUACAGUAGUGUAGUGUAGACAGAGGAAAAAAAUUGAUCAAUAAAUUUUGCAAGUUGUUUCCGCAUCGAAUCGCCGAGUGCCCGAGAAGAAAGAUAAUUUUUUGUUCGGAUUUCGCCGAAAACUUUGACAUGAAUUGUUGUUAGUUUAUUGGUGGAUACGAAGCAAACAGCAACCAACCAACUGACGGAGCGCAAAGUGAGACGGUGUGAGGCAAUAAACAAAUAAGAGUUGCUGCUGUUUCUACUUACUUACCUCGAAAGUGGAGUGUGAUGUACAUGGAUUCGUGCUAAUGAGUCAGUUAUUUCUGCUGCUGUGAUCACCAUCGGCUUCAUAACGCCUGCUCCUACUUAAUUUAUUAUUUUUUGUUACAUGUUUACGGACUGACACUGCACUGCACUGGGCUGCGCGGUCAGGCGGCAGUCAGCCAGUGGGCAGCAAUUAUCAGUCAAUGGAGCGUGCAGCGAUAAACGUGAUCGGUAUUGGAAUGACACUUGACGUUCCUUCAGUUAAACCCAAAACCAAAAUCAUCCAAGCAAGCCCGACCUUCUAAAUCUAAGAACCAUCCCUCUAUCAGCAUCAUCACAGUUGCCGAGGCUCAAACAUUGGUUUCCUAUCUACCUCCCCCCCCUCCGAUAAACGUGCGCCAUUUGUAUGGAUAAGCACAGCAGGUCCAAGCCGACACUCGAGGACUACAUCAUCGACAUGGAGACGCGGCCGCCCGACAGUGGCCAGAUCUCCGACAAGGACGUCUGGGCCCAGCUGCACCAGAAGGAGGCCGACCUGCUGCUGGCGGCCGAACUCGGCAAAGCGCUGCUGGAGAAAAACGAGGAACUGAAGAAGCAGCAGGAAAAGCUGAUCGAUGACUACUCGAUCAAGCUGGAGAAAUUGGAACAGGAGAAGUACAUCCUCAAGCGGCAGCUGGAAAUAACGUCGAGUGAGAACGAUGCCGUCAUCCUGGAGCUGCAGUCCGACAUCAAGCAGUUCAAGCAGAAGCUGGACGCCCAAGAGCAGAUCAUGCGGCAGAUGGAGCGGGAGAAGAACACACUCAUCGAAGAGCUGACUGCCCAAAAUACCCGCCUUUCGAAUGAGUUGAAAAAAUCCAAUGCCACCGAGCUGCAGCUGUCGGCACAGCUGCAGGAGAUCAAGGAGCAGUGCAAUCGGCGGACGCUUAGCAUACAGGAUCACGUUCACAGUUUAGAGAGUCUAAAGAACGAGCUUCGCCUUAUUUUGGAGAAAAAGAAUGAACUGGAAAAUCGGUUGCACAUGACUUCGAACGAGAAGGAGAACCUCACGGUUGCGCUGAACGAAGCGUCCGAGCGGAUACACAUCCUGGAGCGAAGUACCAAGGAACAGGACACCAAGUAUCAAAUGACAGUUCAGACGUUGGAUCGGUUAGAGCGCGAGAAUGGAACGCUUAGCGAACGGCUGGAGUCGUUUGAUUCGCAGCGGUCUCAUCACAGCGAUCCGAAUCACUCCUCACUGCUGCAGGAGAUGAUCGGUGAGGACGAAACGAUGAUGGUCGGUAGUGCACCGAACAAGGACGAAGCGACGAUGCUGUUGUUCAAGGAGGCACAGUCGGUUUACAAGCAGCUCAAAACUUUGUGUCAGACGUUGCGGAGCACGUACCAUGAUGAUGAUUCGGGUCUCCACUCGGACAUGUCCUUCUCAUCGCUGGACAAUACCUCCUCGUCGGCACCUCAAUCGGUCGAUGUUGGGCUCGGUAGUUCCACCGGUCCAUCGCCGAACCAGAGCAGUACGAUAGGACCACGAGGGUCGGAUAAGUUCACCCGUGGCAUGCUGUCCUCAGCGGCUGAUGAACUGGUCCACAUAAUCAUGAACAUGGACUCGAUGCAGUUCAAGACCAUGUUCGAGCAAACUCGCAGUUUGCUGAUCGAACAGGAGGAAGAGCUGAAGAGGAAAAACGAUCUAAUCAUGCAGCUGGAAAGCAAGGUCUCAGUGCAGGAGAUUGAACUGCAAAGUGCAAUCGAUGAGCGCAACCAGGCACGGGAUGAUGCCUCCCACUCGAGCCUAGCCCAGGACGAGACAGUGAUUCAAGCUCGCAAGGAUCGCGACGCGGCCGUCGAAAGGCGAACAAAGGCUGAAGUCGAACUGGCCAAGAACCGGGUCGAACUGAUGCAGGCCAACAGCCAAUUGCUGGAGGCGAUCCAGCAGAAGGUGGAACUCCUGCAACAGCUCGAACAGUGGCAGAUCGAUAUGCACGAGCUGAUCGAGGAGCAGAUGAAGAAUAAGCUAAACAAUGAAACUAGUACAAAACCGCAAACGCCUCAGCGAACGUCAUCGCAGCAGGCUAGUUCCUCUUCUGCGGGUUCGUCGGCUAGCACUCGAAAGAAUCGGCUACUAGAUCUGUUCUAUCACCGAUGAGUUGAGGAUGCGAAACUGCUAGAAGAAUAAAACACACACACACACAUACCUACACUUGCUGGACAGCUUAAUCUCGACCAGUCACAGGCUACUAGGAUGGCACACGCGUCUUUUGACGCGCCAAUUGAACGAUUCGCAUUGCAUUUAUGUUCGACGCUCUAACCUUUUGUAACUGUUUCCGAAUCGUUCGUCAGUUCAGUGCCGGCAUGGUAGUCUCAAGGCCUACUAUCGUAUGUGAUAAUACAGCUUACUGACAAACGUUUGGUUGUCAGCUCAUUUUUGUGCGGUCGGAAAAAAUAGUGGGACCUUGUGACAACAGUAUUUUUUGUAUAAAAGAAAAAGAAAAUUUACCCAAAUAUCGAACAGUUUUUAACAUAUUCUCCAUAACCAGCACUUACCAAUACACAUAUCCCGAUUCCCAUAAUCAUAUAUUAAAAAAAAGUAUCCAGAAGGGCUGCAUCUGCAGCAAAUAAGACGAAAUGUAAACACAAUUACCUAACUUAAUUGUAUAAUUUAUGUAACUGCUUCUUUUACUACCGAUGUACCCAAAAAUUUGAAAUGUGAGACAAACAAGGAAUCCUAAUAUCAAAGCGUACUUAAGUAAUCCAACGAUUAAUUUAAUUUUAGAGGACCUAACAAACCAACUAACAGCGUUCUUGUGCAUCGUCAGGAAAGUUGUGUCACGUUUAUUGGUUUUAAUUAUAUCUCUAAAUACUUAAGCGGAGUGUUGUGAUACGCGUUCUCGUUCGUUCAGCUAUAGGAAUCGGGAAGAUGAUUUUAGGAAACACUGGCUUCACUGGUUUGCUGAAAUUAUCGGUAAAAAUUGGAAUGCGAAAUAGACACUACUUAACGUGCGUGAUACUGAGAUGCCUUCUAGACAAUGUCGGAGAGUAAAGCGAAAAAAAAGAAACGUUGGAAUUGUUUUCCUACGAAGUUGGUAGUAGAAAUGUACAUAGGUUUGAUAUAUUGACAGCUGGAAGGAAUGGAGACGACGGUUUUUGAAAAUUGACGUUAUUUAUCAUUUAUCAAUGAAUAGUGAAAUGAAACACGUUAAAGCUGAAAUGAUGUGAAAUAAUAUAACCUGUAACUGUUGUAACUGGAAAGUGCGAAAAUGAUAGAAUAAAGUAAUAUGAUGAGAUUAAAA